AAUUUUAAAAAAGCUGACUUGGGGCUUAUUACAAGUUCUUGGCACAGAUUUCUUUCUGAAGCAUUUCCUUUAUUUUUUGCUGGAAAUUUUUCAGAAACAUUGCAGUCAUUGAUUGUCUGAAUUAUGUAACUGAUGUUUUUUUUCCUAUUCAUCUACAAAACCAGCCGUUAGAACUUUCAUAACAUUGAUCAAAUCAUCAAAAGUUUUACAAGCUUCCAAAAUGCCUUCAUUGCUGAGCAGUGCACUGGUCAUGGUAGCCUACAUCAUUCUGGCUGCAACUCUGUUAUCGGCAAAUUAUAACUGUGAUGGAAAACCAGGAAUUCCAGGUACUCCUGGAAGACCAGGACCAGAUGGUAAAGAUGGACAGAAAGGAGUCAAGGGAGAAAAAGGUGCUCCUGGAGAAGUUGAAGGAGGAAUAAAAGGUGAAAAAGGUGAAGACGGAAUUCCUGGCCUCCCUGGAAAGGUGGGUCCAAUGGGUCCUCCAGGACCUGAAGGACUUCAAGGGGAACCUGGUCCACAGGGCCCCAGGGGUGAUUCAGGAGACUACAAAACCAGUCAAAGGUCAGCAUUUUCAAUGGGUCGAGCAACUGGCAGUUUUCCUUUCGCUAAUCAAGUAAUAAGAUUUGACAAAAAAAUCUACAAUGAUCAAGACCAUUAUAAAACUCGACAAGGUCUUUUCACAUGCUCAAUCCCUGGUUUAUAUUACUUUGUCUUUCAUACAAGCUCACGUGGAAACUUAUGCCUUAACUUCAAGAAAGGUCACAACAUGAGAACAGGACAGAGGGUUGUGGGAUUUUGUGAUUAUGUGACUACUGCUUUCCAGGUCAGUUCAGGCAGUGUUGUGGUCCAUCUGAAUAAAGAUGAGUCGGUCUGGUUAGAACCAACUGACAAGAAUUCGCUGAUAGGAACAGAGGGGGCAGACAGCAUUUUUUCUGGGUUUCUUAUUUUUCCAGACCCAUGAAGAUGUUAAAUCCGCUCGCAUGCAUAACUCUGUAACUAAUGUUCUAGCUUGGAAAGCACUUAGUCAUGCAACACGUCUAUACUGAUUUCUAGUUAAUAAGUAUUUUUAAUGAUUACAUCUGUGUACAUAUAAACCGCAGUUACUCAAAUUUAAAUCUGCCUAUCUGCAAUCAGGAAGUAGAUAACCUACGAUAUAGAGCAAUAUGCAAUAGCAUUUUAUUAUUACUUUCUUUUUAGGUUGGCAGACAUUUGUGCAAGUAUUAUAUAAAAUACAAGUAGCUUGCUACAGGAAUAAAGAUGAGAUCACCUCGAACUCAAUAAUAAUCUGUCAGCUGUUUGUUUUAAUAAUUCAAAAAUAAAAGGAGUUUAGAAACUUAAACUGCAAAAUAGAGAUUAAGGUGCACCGUCAUAGCUCAAUGUAGACUUUCUUACGAAGUUAGCAGAGGGCACAGUAACCUGAGUGACUAAACCAGUAAGGAGCUGGCUACAGAAGAAAGUUCCUGAAACAUUGACAUAUACAAUUGUAAUAAAAAGUGAGUAGGUAGAGAUACUGCAAGUGUGAAUGGAGAAAUACAUUGAGAAGUCAUUUUUUUUCUACAACAUUCACUACAAAGGCAAUAUGCAGCAAUAAACACUGUACAUUAAACAAUGUUUUUUAAUCUCAAUUCAUAAUAUCUCCCAACACAUUUUGCAUCUGUUAAUUUGUCCAGGACACUGUAUUGAGGUCUACUGAUUCAGUAUAUGGCAAAUGAUAUAUUGGAUUAAAAAAGUAAUAUCGGGGAAUGACAGAUUUCAUUGAUAUACUGCAGGGCUAACCAGCUGGCAAUGUGAACAAUGGCUUUAGCUAAUAGCCACUUUUGAUGUGACAGACUGACCCCAUGUGCAAAAUAUGGGAAAAAGAGAUUAUGGAUGGAUGGAUGGAUGGAUGAAUGAAUGGAUGGAUGGAUGGAUGAGUGGUUAGAUUUCAGUGAUGCAUGCAUGCCUGUGAUAACUUAAACAGGAUUACAUCCUGCCUAGAAAAAAAAAAUCAAUAUCACUGCAGUGCUAAUUUGCAUUUCAAUAUAAAAAUAUUGAAAUAAAACACACAUUUGCAAUGAAUAGCACACAAACAGGAACUCAAAACUAUUCCCAUUUAAUAUGCAUAUAGUGAUACAGUGUUUGCUAAAAUUAAACUAAACAUAAACCUUUUUAUAAAAGGUAAAAAUGUUACUAAAACUCCCUUAGGUAUGGGCUAUUAUGUGGUUGUACAUCUGUUAAACCAAGUCACAUCUCACUGAACCACAAUGACUUGUCAAUUAAAAUCAAAUAAAAACUGAUUAUCUCAUAACAGAGCUGAUCAUGUGAGAGGCAUACUUUUUCACACUCUAUGUGUGAACAUUUUGAAUUCAAACUACUAUUAUUUUUGUUAAGUCUGUCUCUGAGGUUGUUAUUUACAGUGAAAAGGAAGGCCAUGAUGGUCCUCCACAAAUCGCCAUCUAGUAUCUUCUAAGUCCCCAAUUUUGAAGUUUGGUGGACUGGAAUAGAAUAAUGCAGCCUUUGUUAACUGAUUUUUGUUAAAUUCUGCAACCAUUCUGUCAUACUUAAUCACUUCAUUUAGCAAUGGAAAUGUAUACACUUCUCAACAGUAAAAUACAGAGAACUAGAGAGUUGUUUCUGCCUGUGAACUACAAGUGCUGAAAUCAGACAGACGUAAGCAUUGUGUUCUCAAAAUGCUGGUUUUCUUCGAGUUUACUAAAACAGAGAAGGUAAAACAGUGUAGAUACUUGAUUUUUCAUGUUACAAAACAGCAAUUUGACUUUUCUUCAAAUAAAGGUAACUUCAAAUAUGACUUUAGUCAAUCCAGAGGAUUGUGGAAUGCAGUCAUCACAUGGGUGCAUGGCAGGAUUGCCUCCAUAAAACUGAUUUUUGACAUCUAUUAGUAAUCUUCUCACUGCAAAGCUGUGCAUGCAAGGCAUAAUGCUCACUCUUCUGGGAGUCCUCAGAAAUACUUACAUGACAAACCACAACAAAAGCAAAAACAAUAUUUACACAUGAAAAUAACACAAGCAUACAAAUCUCAGAAAGACAAAAACAAAUGUCACCAGGCGUCUGAUCAUAAUACAGUGCUAUACAUAUUUAAAGAAUAUAAAUGCAUAGAACUUGAGAUAUUAAUUUGUGUUAUGUUUGGUGUCGUAGCAUAACUAUGCCUUCACAAUGGAAAGAUAUCAAACGAGAUCCAAUUAUAAAAUAGGUUUCUUUCUUGAUCAUAAAGUCAGAAACUUGAAGUAAACGUAUUAAAACGACCUAAUUUGAGUGCAGCCUAUCUGUUUUAUGAAGCUGUUUGCCACUAUUACUGUGUCUUUGCAAACUUCACAAGCAAAGUUUUAACAUCAUUCUUUCUGCAGCAAAGUAUAAGUACUUUUUUUACUACUAAAACAUACCUACUUAGAAACAAAAGCUGAAUAAGCUGUUUCUUUUUCUUUUACUUAUAAAUAUGUAUAAUUUUGAGUAUCUGCACUGUAUGUAUAAACUGUAGACUUUCUUAUAAGGAGUCUACAGGAAUCAUAUUUUCUUAGUCUAUUUUAGCUUUCUUCACUGAUUUAAACAGUCUAAAUGUAAAAACAUAGGUGACAAUUCUGACUGGUACUCAAGAGAGUGUCAUAUUUGUACCUACUAUAAAACUAAGUUUGUACUACAGUUGUUUGCUUUUAUGUGUGCGUCUGUGUGUUCUUAUCACAAGCUCAUUACAAAUUCAUGGUUUCAAAGACAUAUUAAAACAGGUGAAAUAAAAUGUUCUACAGUGGUGCUA